CAACAACCACCCAUAUCGCACAUCCACACCACUCUUUCGACUCUUUCUUGCACCCGACAACACUCGUUAUUCCUCAGUCAUCUCAUCUUCGCAUACAGGGUAUCGCCAUUCUUUCCAAAGCACGCCAAUUUCACUUAUUCCUUCUGCCCACCUCGAACCCUACCACGUCCCUAGAUUUCCAAAGACUUUGGCCUCUUGUCAUAACACUCUCUCGCCUUUCAGACGUUUCACCUACGCUCACUUGUCCUUCUCGAAUCAUCCUCGCUUUUCAUACAUCCUUGCCGGCCUCAUCUCCCUCAUUCUCCCCUUCGAGGUCGCAUCAAGGAGAGGCAGCCCACCAUGGGCUUUGGCUCUUUCGACACAGUGUGCGAGCAAUCGGCUCUGCCACUGUGCUACCUUCUCGGAACACCCACCGACUUCACGGCCGCCCACAACCCGGCGUUAUUACCGGAAUGCAGUGCUCGAUCAAUAGAACUCGCAAACACCAUCAUCUUUCAGGCUGCCACCGACUUUGCGCACAUAGCCGCCCUAGCCAUGACUGCCAUCAUGAUCUUCCACGUUCGCUCGAAAUUCACCGCUGUGGGCCGGAAAGAAAUUCUGACUUUUUUCUACAUCUACAGUCUGUUGACCGUCGUCAGUUUGGUCCUGGACGCGGGGGUGAUUGAAGCAACGAAUCAAAGUGCAUACCCCUGGUUUGUGGCGGUACAGAACGGCCUCGCCAGUGCGCUCUGCACGAGUCUUUUGAUCAAUGGAUUCGUCGGGUUUCAACUGUACGAAGACGGAACUACACUGUCAGUCUGGCUAUUGCGACUCGGCAGCCUGGUCAUGUUCAUCAUCAGCUUUGCGGUCAGCCUGCUUACGUUCAAGGGAUGGGCCGGUCUGUCACCAACAAACACCACCGGCCUGUUCAUCGUUUUGUACAUCGUCAAUGCCAUUUGUCUGGCGGUCUAUUUCGUCAUGCAAGUCAUCCUGGUCGCAAACACCUUGCAGGACAGGUGGCCGUUGGGGGAUUUAGCUUUUGGCGCUUUUUUCUUCAUCAUUGGACAGGUCAUUCUGUAUGUAUUCGCCAAGCAGAUCUGCGAAGGAGUUAGUCACUAUCUUGACGGACUGUUCUUUGCGACUGUCUGCAACUUGUUGGGCGUCAUGAUGGUCUACAAGUACUGGGACAGCAUCACCAAAGAAGAUCUCGAGUUCAGUGUCGGCACCAAGCAAGGUCAUUGGGAUGUCAAGGAAGGAUUACUUGAGCCCAGUGCCAGCGAAGACUUCCGGACGAGCGUCUACGGGUUUGGUCGAGAAAGUGUCUACGAUUCGCCGAGCAUGGAGUAUCCGCCUCAAAACCCACAACAAUUUCCUUCGAAUCGAAACUCGGGAUAUGGAAAUAUGAUUGAAGCUAGACACAGUUAUGGUGAUAUUAGGAAACAAUUGGGGAAUUAUGAGGAUUAUGACGCGAUGAAAGCUCGGGAUAGGGAAUAUGCUUAUUAGACGCCCAACGUCAGAGCAGCCUGCACUGGACGGAAUGUACCAGAGGGAAAUGUUUCCUUUGGGCGACGCUUCAAGAAAAUCCGCCUGGUGAGAGUGUGUAUCAACAUCAUGGAUUACGCAGAUGGAGUCGGUCGAUGAUUUUGGGCGGAAUGGAAAUUGGGCAUGAUGGCUUUUUAAAGAGUGAACAAUGUGGGAACUUUAUGUUUUCAACACAAUUGUCGACAAUGCAUAUCAAAAGGAAGGGCAUGUUUUGAUUUUUUGAUUUUUGUGGUUUUUUUAGCGAAGCAUACAUAGCAUUAGUAGAGGAAACCGAGACAGUAACGGGUAUUUAUACUGUAAUACCUGACCUUACCCAACGGUCAGGACCUUAGUUGGUUAUUAUCGAUACCAUUUAUACAAAC